CACUUGACCUCACUUCAUGAUAUCACUGCACAUCAGAGAACCUGCACAUCAGAGAACUUUCACAUCACCACCAUGCUCAUACCAAAACUCCCAUUUGCCUUCCACGCAGUAAUUGAGUCAUUUGCAGCACUUUCAUUCAUCCUCCAGCCAGAUAAGCAAUUGCCUGGGUGCUCUCCUGCGGCCAAACUGAUCCUGCGACAAUAUGGCGGGCUCCUGCUUGUGACCAACUUUAUAUGCGUGAUUGUCCUUGUCCAGCCCACGUUCAGGGAGACAGAAAGACUUCUUGCUGCUGCAUUGGGAUCUUAUCAUGCAUGGCCAAGCUACCGAGCUUGGGUUCGUUUACGCAAUGAGGUUGAAGGUGAUCUUGUGGGAGGGUCGACUUUGGGAGGGCCUGCAGUGCAUUUGAUUGUGCAUCUGCUGUGUUUUGGGAUGUUCAUGGUUGUGGUGGGUUCCUAAAGUGCUUUCGGGAUCAAUGCUGUUCCUUGCAUCUCCAUAUCAUUCUUGGGUCCAGCCAGCAGGUUCUGGCAUUGUUCAUGAUGAGCUCCCAGAUCACAACGCAAAGACAAGCAAAGAACAUGGCCUCUCUCAAUCACCCAAACA